AUGGUCAAACGAAUGGAACCGGUCAAGUUCAAUGUCGUCAUUGUCAGGAACGAGACCGAGGCUGUGGAUGAAGUGUGUGCAGCCCUACAGUCUGGCGUCGUUGCUCUGAUAGACAUAUCGACACCCCACUUGUCGCCGCCACUGAAGUCUGCCUGCUACCUGCUGGGUGUCGCCUACAUUUCUGUGGUGGACAACUCCUACUUCUACCAACUACGAAUCAGCAACGGUUCUAACGUUAUGAUCGAGCCGGCUUCUACACAGAUGUUGAUGGUGGUGGCUGACAUUGUGAUGAGGGAACAGCUCAACAACGUGGCGAUACUGCAUGAUGAGACGUUUGAUAUCAACAACACACCUCGACGUGUACUGACCAACGUCCCAGCCCAACACAUCUACAUCCCACUGAGUCGUGACGUCAACGAAACUAACCAGCACAUCGACAGCAUCAUCCGUCUGGGCAUCAAAGUGGUUUUCAUCAUCGCUGACAGGUUCAACGCCCAGAACUUUCUCACGGUGGACGCUAAACUGAACUGUCCAAGCUGUGACGGCACCGUCCGACUUCUGCUGGUCACUGCCAGACAGAACACGGAGGCCCAGAAACAGUUCAUUGACUUCAUACAGCAGGCUGGCAUCCUGCAUGAUUUUGACAUGGACAGCAUAAAGGUUGAUGAGGCCCUGGCGUUUGAUCUGGCCACUAUUGUGACCAUCGCUAUCAACGAUUUGGCCAGGGAAGCGGGUGCUGUGUUCAACAUUGCCAAUUUGGACUGCUACAACUUGUCUAGCGGCGACAUGAACCGCGCUCAAAGUCAUCAACUGAUUAACCUAAUUAAACAGAGUUCAAGGUCAGGUGUGUUCGGGCCCAUCUCGUACAGCUCUAUGGAUGACCUUGUACGCUACGAGUUGACCUUGCUGAUCAGCGAGGUGGUGUUCGAGCAGGGGACCCAGAAGAGCAAGGUUCAAGUCGCCAACUGGACCAAGGCUGGACACAUCCAAUCAACGGAGGCCUCUCUCAUUCGUGCUGACAAGAGGAGGAAGUACAGAGUCGUGACAGUAGCAGGGAUACCUCCAUUUGUUUACAAGAAUGAGAUAAAAAACGACACGGGGAAUCCCCAUCAAAACGGAAAUUCCCAGUACAGAGGAUACUGUAUUGAUCUUCUAGAAAAGAUAGCGGAGAGUAUGAACUUCGAUUACGAUAUCUAUGAUACCGAUGACGUAGGAUCGAUGGACGAGCAGGGCAGGUGGUCGGGUGCUAUCAAGGAGUUAAUGGAUGGGAGAGCCGAUAUUGCAGUUGGCCCUAUCUCCGUGAUGGCCGAGAGAGAGACCGUCAUCGACUUCACGGUGCCGUACUACGACCUUGUGGGUCUGACCAUCCUGAUGAGGAAUCCCAAGGUCGACUACUCCCUGGUCAAGUUCCUCAGCGUGUUGGAUGAGGAGGUUUGGGGCUGCAUCAUCGGCGCCUUCCUGCUCUUUAGCGUCCUCAUCUGUCUCUUUGAUCGCCUCAGUCCAUUCAGCUACCAGAACAGAAGGUCCCAGUGGAAUGAAGUCGGGGAGGAGCCACGAAUUUUCACACUGAAAGAGGGGAUUUGGUUCUGCAUGAUGUCACUGACACCUCAAGGUGGCGGCGAGACGCCGAGGGCCUUGUCUGGACGUCUAGUCGCGGCCACCUGGUGGCUGUUUGGUUUCAUCAUCAUCGCCACCUACACGGCCAACCUGGCGGCCUUUCUGACCGUCUCCCGCCUGGAAACGCCCAUCGAGUCUCUGGACGACCUCUCCAAACAGACCAAGGUCCAGUACGCCCCGCUGAACGGCAGCACGGCCAUGACCUACUUCAAGAGGAUGGCGGACAUCGAACAAAGGUUCUACGAGAUCUGGAAGAACAUGAGCCUGAACGACAACCUGGCGGCCGUGGACCGCGCCCAGCUGGCCGUGUGGGACUACCCCGUGAGCGACAAGUACACCAAGCUGUGGGAUGCCAUGAACAAGUACGGCUUUCCCCAGUCUAACGAGGCGGCCAUCUCACGUGUGCUGGGGGAGGACUUCGCUUUUAUAUCUGACGCCACCUUCAACAAGUACCAGAUGUUUAUCAACUGUGACCUGCUGGAGGUGGGGGAAGAAUUUUCUAGAAAACCCUACGCUCUAGCAGUACAAAACGGCUCACCUUUGCUUGGAGAACUAUCAAACGCAAUAUUGAAGCUGAUCAACAACCGGACUCUGGAGGAGCUGAAAACAAAAUGGUGGAAGAUGGACAAGAAGGACUGCCCCAAGGUGGAAGACGAGAGUGACGGUAUCAGCAUAAAGAACAUCGGCGGCGUCUUCCUCGUUAUCGUCAUUGGGUCGGCUCUAUCGCUGGUCACAUUGGCGCUAGAGUGUUACUGGUACAGGUAA